AGUAUAUGUAGCAAAGGACCGAAAGGUAUCAACCAUCGCUUCUGAUGCUCAAGCAUACAGACUGAUACAAUAUAGUGCAAUCAUAAGCUGUUUUGGACGAAGAGACCUUGUUUGCGUCAACCCGCAUACCGUCUUCCUCCACCACGGUUACGCUUUGUGUGAACUCCGCCAGUGGAGGUGUUGGGAGGGACUUUUGGAGCAGUACCCAUUGCAGGGUAGAUAUCUGCUAUCGUAGCUACUGUAGGGUAGUUUGUUGAAGUGGAGCACCUGGAGUGGAAGAGGCAGCGAGAACAAUGUCCAUUCACACAGAUGCCGGGUCCCUUAAUGUCCCCCCGCUGCGUGGUAUCCCAGGGCCUUCUUCGGGAAGACUCGAGACCUCACCGCUGCUCGCGUCCGAGGUGUCUUGGAGAAGUGAUGGAUAUGAGCUGUCGGAGGACGACCGCGAGUUUGAUCACGCCGCACAGCACACUCCGACAACGAACCUUGCUUCAGGACGACGGCUUUCAGAUAGCUAUUCGAGAUAUCAUCGCUUUCGGAUUCGAUUACGCUACUACGUACCAGUGUUUGGAUGGCUGCCAAAGUAUCAUUUACAGUAUUUGCAAGGGGACGUGAUCGCGGGCAUUACUGUUGCUUUCUUGUUGGUCCCGCAGGGGCUGUCGUACGCACAAGCAUUAGUGAAGAUUCCGCCAGUGCACGGACUUUAUACAGCAUGCAUCCCGGUGUUCAUAUAUGCGCUAUUUGGGACUUCGAGACAACUGGGAAUGGGUCCGGAAGCUUUGAUCUCGAUGCUGGUUGGAGCAACCAUCAGAGACUACGCGUCAUCGAAGGGGUCGCCGCGUGAUGGAAUUCAAAGUUACGAAGACGUCCUAGCGUCGCAACAAGCAGAAGCAAUCGGGAUCGCUGCUUUGCUAGGGCUGAUGGUCGGGAUAUUCACGUUCCUGCUUGGAUGCUUCAGGCUUGGGUUUCUCGAUUCGGUGCUCUCCCGUGCGCUCCUCCGCGGUUUUGUUCUCGCCGUCGCCGUUGUCGUCAUGAUCGACAUGUCGGAGACCCUCUUGGGAAUCGUACCACCAAAGAAUCAGUGCGGGUCUGUAGAUCCGAGCCCGCCUUCAGAAAAGCCAGGAGAAAACGAGUCCCCUAUACACAAACUGCUGGACACACUUUCAAAACUUAGCCAUACACACAUGUUGACGGCAGUACUGUCCGGCUGCAGCAUCACAUUCCUGUUGGGAAUGAAGCUCAUCAAAGCCAAGUAUCGAAAAGUGCGCUGGCUUCAAGUCGUCCCGGAGAUCCUGGUCCUCGUGGUCGUCACGACAGCGCUCUCCAAAAUCUUCUCGUGGGACUGUUCUGGAGUUGCGAUCCUCAACGUCGCACAGUCGAAUUCGUCAAAGUACGACUACCCUAAGUUUCCUCCUAUGAGCUUAAACAAGAUAAAAUCCGUUCUGCUCUCCGCCAUCCUGAUCUCCGUCAUUGGGUUUGUGGAAUCUAUUGUAGCAGCCAAAACCUACGCAAACAAACGCAACUACUCCGUCUCACCGAAUCGGGAGCUCGUCGCCUUUGGAGUUUCAAACAUCAUAGGCGGUGUCUUUGGAGCGUUCCCAGCCUUUGGCUCACUGGGGAGAUCGGCAGUCAAUGACACUGCUGGUGCGAAAACACAGAUGGCCGGCUUCGUGACAGGCUCUGCCGUCCUGUGCACUAUUAUAUGGCUCCUGCCUUACUUCGAGCAUCUUCCGAAAGCUGUCUGCUCCUCGAUUAUCGUAGUCGCAGCGCUCAAGCUUGUGGAGCUGGAAGACGUGCAUUUCAUCAUUCGGAUGAGGGCGUGGAAAGACCUCGGAUUGUUGUUGAUGACCUUUGUCACUACGAUCUUACUGUCCAUCGAGUCUGGAACGCUUCUGUCUGUCGGUGUGUCCUUACUCCUGGUUGUCAAGCACACCACAAAGACACGCCUGGCUAUCAUGGGUCGGAUACUAGUGGUCGAUCCGCACACAGGCCGAACAAAGAUAAAAUACCGCAACAUCGGCGAUUCGGACAAAGUCCAACGCAUCGACGACGUUCUGAUCAUUAGGGUCGAGGAAGGAUUGUUCUUCGGAAACUCUGGACAAUUGAAAGACCGAUUAAAACGGAUAGAGCUGUACGGCGAUUUAGGUGUCCAUCCUGGAGAGGAGCCGAGACGGGCUCUAGCGGGCAGGAGGCGAUCUAGAGCUUCCAGUCAAGAGCCUAGCAGCAUAGAGGAGGGGUUGGGAGCUGCGUCCAAGGAGGCACCGAUGUACAGCCAUGUGAGAGCGGUGGUGUUUGAUUUUGGAGCAGUAACAGCAAUAGAUGCCAGCGCAACUCUCACACUUCUGGAGAUCGUCGAAGACUAUAGCUAUCGAAACAUGGAAGUCUGUUUCGUCAAGCUCCGCGAAUCCUGCAAGAAUGCUUUCCUUCGCUCAGGGAUCUACGACAUUGUAGGCCCGCAUCGCUUCUUCCGCAAAGUUCGCGAUGCCACCCACUACCUCAAAGCACUCGAUGGGAUAGACCCCUCGUCACCAUCGACGACGGACCAUCUCAUCCUAUCCCCACUCAUUACCGACGAAGGGCUAUUCCGGCAUUCUCCUCUGCCCGCUAACAUAGACGCUCAUGCGACGAAGAUGGACGUAGAUCCCAUCAACUCCCAUGCUAUUCAUGAGGCAACGGAAUGGACGGUGCCCGAUAAACGCGCCGAGAGCACGUUCCCCACUGGAAGUUAUUUUGCCUCGUACAUGGAAGACGCGCCUAUGUUGCCCCCUAGACCUCAGUCGCGGGCAACGGACUACUCCGAGACCUAUGACGAUGACGACGAUCUGUUUGGCGAGUAUGAUGAUGCCAGCGAGGCAUCCCAGUCGCUUAAGUCUCCCGCUUACGGGACACAGCAGAAACAGCAGCAAGGCCACGGAAAACAAAGACCUGGUAGGGGAUCGACCUCGUCGUCGUCGUCACAAGGUCAAUCGCGCACGGCGGGCGGAGAGUUUCUGGCAGUGAACCCGCCAGCACGCUCAUCACCGCGUCGUGAACAGAACAGGAAAGCUCGUGCAUCGCCGGCCGAGGCUUUCGAUGAGCGGAGCGCACACGACGCAUUGGAAGACAUGUUUGGCGGCGUCGGGAUAUCAGCGCAGAUAAUCGCGAAACCCCCCAUCGUAACAUCCUUCGUAAGUAGCGGACGUGGUGGAGGUGAAGCGGAUCUGCCGGAUUCGCUGUGGGAUAGAGACAAAUAGCGGUUAUAUAGACUGAAAUACGGCGUUGCUGUACCCUUGCGAUGCUUGGUCAAAAUGUAAAUUGAUGUAGAUACGAGGAAAUAUUGCAAUCUCUUUUCGGUUCCGCCUCGCAUGC